CUGUACAUGUACCUUACUUGGGAGUCUAUAUAUUUUAACUUGUACCUUACUUACCAUAACAGGAAGUAAACUUGUUUAAAUAUUGUGCUUUAUAGACUUCAUUGAAAACUGAAAUCUUAAACUAUUGAAAUACUUGUAAGCUCGGUCACAUUUUAUUCAAUCGUGAAAUUUCGCGUUUCUUGAAAGCAUGCAAAACAGGAAAAUGGUUUUAACUUUAUUUUUCACUGUGAUUUUGUACGUUUCUGUAAUAAACGGAGCUCUGAGUACUUUGUCAUGUAGACAAAAUACAAACGCAAUCAUAACAUGUAAUCAUAUACCGAAAGAUAUCCCGACAGGAAUUUUAGAAUUUCGUUUAGAAAUAGAGACACCUGGCGCAUGGAUAUUUAAUUCAUCAGCCUUUGCUGCGGACAGCUGGAGAGGAUUAAACAGUUUGAAGGUGACAGAUAAUCAUCCUAAUGAUCGUACUCCUGUCGUAUUAAGUGACAAGUCCUUUGCCAAUCUUCAAAACCUGCUUGCAUUACAUGUUCAUAUAUGGUAUCCGGAAUUAUUCCCACAAACUUUUUUUGGAUUACAAAAUGUUAAAACCCUUGAUCUAAGUGGUUGCAUCAAAUUGAACAUAGACAGUUUAAAAUUGGCUUUAAAAGGGCUAGAUAUUUUACCAAAAUUGGAGAAUAUUAUUCUUUCGAACUGGAAUUUGUAUGAAGGUGGUUUCGCAUUUGAUAGCGACUUCGUAGACACUCUUCUUCCGAGGAAGAUCAGUUCCAUAGAUGUAAGUAAAUCGCAGCUGUACUUUAUCGACUGGAAUGAGGUUUUUAAAAAACUCAAGCAUUUGAGAGAAGUUAAUGCCUCAUAUGCGAUAAUAAGUGAUUGGGCUGACUACAGUCUAACACGCGAUGACACUAAGCUCGUUAAGAUUCUUGAUGUAUCACAUACAACUUUACCUUUGAAAGCAGUACCAUUUGUUCCAGGAAGAUUCGUAAGCAGAAACCAGAAAUUAUUUUUCUCUAACAGUCGAGCUUUGAAAGACCUAAGGAGUUUCUUAGCAAUUGAAACUGUAAACCUAAGCGAUGUCCUACACCAUAUAGGCUCUUUGUGGCUCUAUAAUUCUACAUUGAUAGUAGAUGAAGACCCUAUGUUAUCUGUAAAAAACAUUAGACUUGGGCAAAAUAAAAUAAAGAGACUUGAUGUUCGAAUAUUUUGUGAACAAUUUUGUUUUUCAUCAGUUCAGACGAUUGACCUAUCUGGCAAUGGACUUGAGUUUUUACAUCCAACAAUCUUAUCUUGUCUUGGAAACAUAACUAGUGUAGACUUGUCAAAAAAUCAGCUGUUUAAAAUGGUAACUGAAAAUGAAUCUAUGUUCCAAAACCUGUUUUCACAACUAGAAUAUCUUAGGAUAGUUCGGAUUUCAGAAAACGGUUUCCAUAGUAUUCCUCGUGACGUCUUCAAGGACAAUCCAUUGAUUGAAGAAAUUGAUCUUUCCUAUAAUAUAUUAGAACAGAUAAACUUUGAUUUAAGAAGCCUCGAUAAACUUAAAAUCCUUAAUCUGAAAAAUAACAACAUUCAUGUUUUGAAUUUUGAUUCGAUUAAUCUUUUAAAUACAAUAUCAUGGAGCAGAAACGUUCGCGAGUCUAAAACAAACGUACUUUUGCAGUCGAAUCCAAUUUCCUGCUCAGUCUGUAACGCAAAAGCUUCCCUUCAAUGGAUUUUGACAACAAGUCUGAUCAAUAUAACAUUACAACAACUGAAAUGUGAAGGUGAAAAUGACAAACAAUACGACAUAAAUAAAAAUACUUUGGAAAUGGUACAAAAUAUAUGUAAAAGGAGAACAAUUAUUAUUUCUUCCUGCACCGCGACAGCCACAUUGCUUCUUUUGGGUCUUGUUAUCGUAUCGGUAAUGUACAAACGAUACAAAAGAAGCCAAAAGGAAAGAAAAACAGCCAAAGUGAUAAAUAAUUUAUGGGAAGGGGAUGGUCGGUCUAAAUUCGCUUUGUUUUUAUCGUAUUCUAGUGACGACGAGGAAUUUGUUAAAACAAAUAUUCUUCAACAACUGGACGAAAACUUGAAGUUAAUGACGGGGAUAGAUAGACAAUUGGUAUGUACAGGAGAUUUCAAUUUUCGUCCUGGGUUCCAUCUUCAUGACGAAAUAGACAAACUGAUAGAGGAAGCUUCGGUGAUGACAGUUGUCGUAUCUAACAACUUCAUCAAUAGCAAUUACAGUUGUAGUGAGGUCAACCAAGCUUAUAGGCAUGGGAUGUAG